UGCUUGAGUUUGACAAUUGCUUGUCAAACAAGUGUGACUCAUGUUUAUAAUUAUUUGUGAAAUCAGUGAAAACAAGAGUUAAAAUGUUUUCAAGUGCCCCAAAUUACACGAAAUUGAAAACCAACUUGCGCCUGGUUAUCGCCAGGCUUAAGUUACUGGAGAAGAAGAAGACCGAAUUGACGGAAAAGUCGCGGAGGGAAAUUGCCGAUUUUAUCGCUGCUGGAAAAAUCGAACGGGCGAAAAUACGAGUCGAAUACAUCAUUAGGGAGGAUUAUUUAGUUGAGGCGAUGGAGAUUGUGGAAAUGUACUGUGAUUUACUCUUGGCCCGUUUUGGCCUAAUUACGAACAUGAAGGAACUGGACGAAGGCAUUGCCGAAGCCGUUUCUAGCUUAAUUUGGGUGGCACCUAGGCUGCAGUCCGACUGUCAGGAAUUAAAAGUAAUUGCGGACCUUUUAACGGCAAAAUACGGCCAAAACUACGCCGAAGCGUGCCGUAUAGAGUCUGUGGAAACAAUAAGCGAGAAACUGAAACACAAACUUUCAAUACAAAGCCCCGCGAAACUCCUGGUCGAAAAAUACGUCAUAGAAAUAGCAAAGUCUUACAAUGUUCCGUAUGAACCAGACCCCCAAGUCAUGGAAUUAGAGAAAGGAAAAGACGCACUUUUGAUCGAUUUAUCUGACAAGAAUAAUCUUGGUGGUGGUGGGGGCUACCCUGCCCCCCUUGGGUUUUUGGGGUACCCACAGCCGCCCCCGCUGCCCGCCAUGGUGGACCCGCCCCCAGCCCCUUUCAGUUAUCCGCCCUCUAAAGAUCAAAAUUGGAACGCCCCAAGUAAUCCAAGUGCGCCCCCACCGGCUUUUUCCUACAACAUUCCUCCAGCUGAUGAAGGGAAGGAGUCAAACACUGAUUUUAUGGGUAGUUUACCGACUUAUAGCAUGGUCUGUCCUCGUAAUAACCUCCAGGACAGCAAAGUUCCGCCUGAUGAUAAUUUACAGAAUAACGAUGAGCCACAAAAACCAACUCCACAACAAAAACUAAACGACAACAGUUACAAUCUCCCCGAAUUGCCUUCGGUUCCGUCACAUAAUGGGCCCCCAUCGCCUGACGCUUCAGAUGAUAUCGAUUUUGAUGACUUGACAAGGAGAUUUAACGAAUUGAAAAAAAAGUACUAAAUAAUUACUAGUGAUGGGUUAAUUAACUGCAUUAUUACAUUCAACUAACAAUCUUGUUAAUAAUAUAGGCUCUAUUAAAUUAUAAAUAUGUACAAUAAAGCGCUAUUUAAGGUUA